GCCGGCCGGGUUCUGAGCGUUGGCAUCUCCCGCGCGCCGCCCUCCCGCAGGUGCGCCUCCCUUCCGCGGGGGCGCUGUGAGCCGGCCCUCGCCUGGCACCCACCGGGCUGGGGUCCUGGUGCCGAAGGUUUACUCAGUAUCUCGGAUUUUUUUUUUUUUUUUUUCCAUUUCUAGAUUCAGCCUUCUACACCGAAGUUCAUCAUGGGCUUUUUCCAACUCCUGAUGAAAAAGAAGGAACUCAUCCCUUUGGUGGUGUUCAUCACGGCUGCGGCGGGCGGAGCCUCGUCUUUCGCCGUGUAUUCCCUGCGGAAACCCGGCGUGAUCAUUGAUCGAAAAGGAAAUCCAGAACCUUGGGACAAUGUGGAUCCUACCGUACCUCAAAAGCUUAUAACAAUUAACCAACAAUGGAAGCCAAUUGAAGAGUUGCAGCAGGUCCGAAGAGCAACCAAAUGACCAGUCCUCACUUCUUUUCUUCCAAAGAGUACUCUAUAAAUCUAGUGGAAACAUUUCUGCACAAACUAGAUUAUGGAUACCAGUGUGCGGAAAUGCUUCUGCUACAUUUUUAGGGUUUGCCUACAUAUUUUGGACUCUGGAUAAGGAAUUAAAGGUGAUGCAGCAAUAACCACAUAGUGCAAAAACAAGUUUCUAUGUUUAUUUUCCUGUUGUAAAUUUGAAUCUUGCAUAUUGAAAUUUUGAUGUUUAUAAUACCCAAAUGUUUCUCUUAAAAUAAAAUACCGUUUGUGGAA